CCACGGAGCCCCGAAACGGGACGGGAAUAAAAAAAGCCAAGCUGGCUUCUCCCGAGGCGGGAGCUUUGGCGUAGCGUCGGCGCCAUGCAAUGGAGAACCGCGGCUCGGCAGUCCUGAGUUUGGGGCAACUUUUUGCUCCCUUCGGGGAGCACCAGCCCAACGAAGAAGCCGCCUUAGCCCCAGCAUGGCGAGAAGACGCCGAGGAGGAGGAGGAGGCGACGGCGGCGGAGAAUCGGCAGCAACAGCGGGACUGCCCUGGGGCAGCCGCCCGGGAGAAGGACGAGGAGGCGCUGCUGGAGCUGCGCCGUCGCCGCGGCCGCUCCUUCUCGCUGCCGGACAGCCAGUCUUUGGCAGCGGCGCGUUUCUUCCAGAGGAGGCGGCCGCCGGGCGACAGCGACGGGAGCGAGGAUGAGGAGGACGACGGGGCGGCUUUGCCGACGGGGAGCCUCCGCGGCGGCGGCUGCUGCACCAAGUGCAAGAAGCGGGUGCAGUUCGCCGAUUCCCUGGGCUUGUGCUUGGCCAGCGUGAAGCAUUACAGCGCGGCCGAGGAGCCGCAGGUGCCCCACGCCGUGUUGUCCCGCUUGCAGAGCUUCCCCAUGAGGCAGAGGGACUUCGAGGACUUCACCGCCGCCUUGGCCGAGCUGGGGGGUUGCGCGUCGUCGUCGUCGUCUUUUCCUCGGCCGCCGCCUCAGGUCCCGCUCCGGCUCGCGCCCCCGUUGGACGGGGCGGACCAGGAAAACGGCGCCGAGGAGCGUCUGCGGCGGGGCCGCGUCUGCCUGGAGGAGGUGACGGGGACGGCGCUGGCCGGGGCGCCCACGGACGUGCGCGGCGUGGUGAGGGUGCGCAGUUGCCCCGGCUCCAAGGAGGUGACGGUGCGCUACACCUUCAACGAGUGGCUUUCUUUCCUAGACUCUGUGGCUCUGCUGCUCCCCGAUGGGGGGGACCCUCCGGAUGAUGCCUCCGCUCCGGUCGAGCGUUACCAGUUCUCCCUCUGCCUUCCUCCUGGUUUGCCGGACGGGACGGCCGUGCAUUUCGCUAUCUGCUAUCGAAGCCAGCAAGGGGAGCAUUGGGACAACAACGGCGGGGCCAACUAUACCCUCCGCGAUUGCAGCUCCGAGAAGUCAGCAACUCCCCUGUGAUGAGGAGACUCGGGAGGCGGGUGCCGGGCGGCUCUUGCGAGAGCCUGAAAUUGCUCCAGAAACCAGCCUAAGUUGCCUUGUUACUACUACUACUACUACUACUACUACAAUCUCCCGGAGUCCUGCAGCACAGCGUCCUAAGGGCUGAACCUUUCCACGACUUGUCUUUGUGCCCCCUUCUUUCUAGCGGUCCAAACUUGAGAUAGCCGGCCAUACCGUCGCACUUUAGUCAUCGGCACGCCAAGCCUUGCGGGCUUCAAGUUGGACCGAAGAGGCAGCCGAAUGGGAGAAUCGCGGUCCGGCUUAGGAGAGGGAAGCAUGCAUUUGCCUUGUUGCACAAGAAUAUUGAAUGUUUCUGGCACGUUUGGCCUGGAAAACGAGAAUGUGCUUUAAGACGCAUUGGAUAGCAGUUCUGGUGAAGUCUCCUUGGCGGGCAUGGGUAUCUGAGUGGGGAUAUAUCCACUUUUGGGCAUGAAAAAGAGAAUGAACCUACAGUAGGAUUGGAACUUUGCCCCCUUUAAAGCCAUCUGUUGAUUUGGGCUGAUCCUUCCUAUUUUAGGUAGUGACUUCUUACAAACCCUGAAAGAAUGCUGCUCGAAUUCAGAACACUUCUCUGGGAAUUGGAUAACUAGAGCAAGGUUGAAAAAAAAAAAACGUUUGAAUGGGUUUUCCCCCUUGCCUGUUGUGCCUUAGAACAAAGCUUUAUGCAAUCUAUCAGUCUAUAAAGGGUAAGUGAUAGAGAGGUGUGUUGGAAACUACUUAAAGAUUAUUUACACUUCCUAGCAGAAAUUGACCAGGUCUUGAAGAAAUGGUGCAUGGUUUGCAUUGAAAAUUUUAAUGUCUGCUCCAUUAUCCAGGGAUCACAUGUCUUAAGAACAAUUCAUAUUCUGUUUGGAGAUCUGUAUAAGCUGUGAACUAAGUAUGUGAGAACUCAAAUCUGAGUGACUAUUAGUAGGUUGACUCUUGUAUAUGCCUAGACUGUGACCAAAGGAAAAUGAGGUACAACAGUAUCUAAAUGCAACUUGCAUCCCCCCCUCCCCAUUGAAAUGUCCCCGUCUAUAAAAUUAUUACAAGUAAAUUGAUAGCUACUCUCUUGGGUCUUUGGCUGUUCUAUCAGUUAGCCAUAAGUAGUGAGAAUUGCAAAUACAACUAACAUGAUUUUCUGCUUCAUGAUUACUUCAUUCUUUAAAAUGCAGAUUCUAUAUAUCCAAAUCAGUUCAUGAAGUUUAAAAACUUACCUGGCAGUGAUAGAUGGAAUGCACAACACUGAAUUGCAAUUUUAAAGGAACAGUUAAGUAAAUUGUUGAUUAGUUGAAUAGUUUCUUUCAGAUCUCCGCAACUAAGUGGUAAAAAAACUGUUUAGCAAUCAGGUUGAAUUAAGGUCUCCUUAAUGUAAUUCCCUUCAUAUGUAACUGCGCAGAGUUGGCUACGUGAUGGGUGGCUAUAUAAAUGUUUAAAUAAAAUAACACAUUUGAAUAUUUGCCUUUCGAGGACAAAACUGCAGGUAUAUGUGAUAAUGUUCUGCAUUCUAAAUUCCUCGGAUUCCAAUUUGCAGAAUCCUUGGACACUAUUGCCUGUAGUCUAGGAAUCCAGAAUGUUGAAAAAUCUAAUGCAUAUGAAGAAUCUCAGAGAUUCCAAAAAUACUUUUCUAAACUUGGGAUCUUUUUAAAUAAGUCAUUCUCAGCUUCUUUUAGGGGGAAAAAACUUUAGAAAAGUUUCUAGAACUCUUGAAAGAUACAGAUAUACAGGCUUGGUAGUUUGAAGUAACUAAUUUUCUCCUACGAGUAUUUGGGAGAGAAAUACUGUAUAAAAUGCCACAUUUUAUGAGGGUGAGGGUGAGGGUGAAAGGAGAUUAUAAGAGAAGAUAAAAGCUCUGCUUUUUCAAGUUUUGCAAUUGUAAUGUCCUGUGAUUGUAUCUUUUAUUAGGAGGUGUUUACAGGUGUAAACCCUAAGUGCCUUGGCCAGAUGUGGCCUUCAAAUAGCUGUAUUGCCUGUUUACAUAUUGGUGGGGUCCCCUACAUAUGCUGGUGUAUUCCUGUAAAGGAAUAAGCAUUUAUUUUUGUUGUGUACAGCAGUCCUAACUUUUCUAGCUACUUGCUGAUUAACAUCUAUUUAGAAUGUAAUCAUUAUGAACAAUAUACUUUCUUUUUUUAACCUUGAGUAUUACUUUAAAAUUUUAUGGUGCUCCCAAUUGACAAAAGUACAUAUUAAUCGGGCACUCAGCAGAUGAAUAGGGACCAAGAUUAGACUAUAAUUGAAAUUUAAAUGCUAUACAGCCAGUAUGGAAAGAGGCAUAUUGAUUUGUAGUAUUUUAAUUUUUCAAAAAAAAGAAAAAAGGUUCUUGUUGCUGAAGCAGCACAUUUAUUUGUUCAGUAUU